AUGGGGCUCUCUUCGCUGCUGCUCACCGCGGCGCUCUUCGGCCUCAAGGCCACUGCAUUGAACAAUGGUUUAGCUCGGACACCGCAGAUGGGAUGGAACACCUGGAAUUCGUUCGCCUGUGAUCUCAACGAGACAGUCAUUCUCAAUGCCGCUGAGAGAAUUGUCUCUCUUGGCUUCAGAGACCUGGGAUACGAAUAUGUGGUCUUGGACGACUGCUGGUCGGCCGGCCGGAACUCGUCUGGCUACCUCAUCGCCGACUCCGAGAAGUUCCCGAAGGGAAUUGGCCAUCUCGCAGACAAAAUCCAUGAGCUGGGUCUGAAAAUCGGCAUCUAUUCCAGCGCUGGAAAAUGGACUUGCGCGCGGUAUGAGGGCUCGCUCGGUUACGAGGAAAAGGACGCUGCCCUCUGGGCAAGCUGGGGUAUCGACUACCUCAAAUACGACAACUGCUACAACGAAGGAGAAGAAGGAACUCCCAAGCUAUCGUUUGACCGUUACAACGCCAUGUUCAAGGCCCUCAAUGCAACCGGCCGCCCAAUGCUUUAUUCCCUGUGCAACUGGGGCGUUGACGGACCCUGGAACUUCGCCCCAACCAUCGCCAACUCCUGGCGCACAACAGGCGACCUGAACAACGUCUGGGACCGCGACGACGUCAACUGCCCCUGUUCCGAACUGGAGGGCUUGGACUGCAAGACACCCGGAUACAAAUGCUCCAUCAUGAACGUCCUCAACAAGGCCGUCUACUACCCGUCCAAGGCGAUCCCGGGCGCUUGGAACGAUCUCGAUAUGCUCCAGGUCGGGAAUGGCGGCCUCACCGACGACGAAUCAAUCGCCCACAUGAGCCUCUGGGCCGCCCUCAAAUCCCCCCUCCUCAUGACAAACGUCAUGACCAAAAUCGACCCGCCCACCCUCUCCAUCCUCCAGAACCCGGCCGUCCUCGCCGUCUCGCAGGAUCCCGUUGCCUCCACCCCCGUCCGCCAAUGGCGCUACUUCGUCGACGACGUCGACGAGAACGGCAAGGGCGAGAUCCAGAUGUACUCUGGUCCGCUGAGCGGCGGCGACCAGCUGGUGCUGCUGCUGAACGCGGCGUCCAAGGCUCGCGAGAUGAACGCCACGCUUGUCGAUAUCUUCUGGGAGAGUGGGCCCAAGGGAACGGCGAAACAGGUCAAGCAGCACUGGGACGUGUAUGAUCUGUGGGCCAACCGGAUGAGCAAUGAGGAUGCGGCGGCCAUCAUUAAUGGGACGUUUACUGGGCAGUCGCCGUAUAACUUGACUGCUAUGGGUGGGGCGCACGAGGUCUAUUCGCGCCCUCUGCCGUCCAAUUCGAAGGUAUUGAUGGGCUCCAAGGUUGGGUCGGUGCAGCCUAGUGGCACGGUCACGGCUCAUGUUCGGCCGCAUGGUGUGGCUAUGUUGCGGUUGCGUGCCACCGACAAGAAGGAUGAAUUGUAA